UUGCACAUGGUUGCCUGCCUAAUUUGGGCCUGAUUUUGAAACCCAAAGCCCAUGCAUCUGCAAACUGCAGGCUGCAGCCCUAACCAGUAAAGUAUAUCAACGUAGAAACGGAGAAAACUGAAACUCAGAGGAGGAUGGGAUUCUUCGACCUUAACAUCCCCUACGAUGGGACAACGGCGGCCGGCGACAAGAGCAGUCGGAUAAAGGUGGUGGUGAAGGCCAUGGAGCUAGGGUACAGCGGAGUUGCCUACAACCGCAAGAUCAAGGGCGUGAUGUCGGACUCAGACUCCUGCUCAAUACCCCCACUCUCUCUCUCUUCUCUCCUCAAACUGGCCCCAUCUCUCUCCUCCUCCGUUCGCUUCCACCGCAGCCUUCUCGGCGUUCCUCUCUCCUCUCCCUUCCGUCAGUACACGCGCCUCACUGUCGCCGUUGACUCCUCCCCUCAGGCCUCCGCUCUCAACUCUGGCAACCCCGUUCUCAAGUCCUACGAUUUGGUCGCUGUUCGGCCUUUGAACCAGAACGCCUUCGAUCAGGCCUGUCAGGUUUCUGAGGUAGAUUUAAUCGCGAUUGAUUUCUCGGAGAAGCUGCCGUUCCGAUUGAAGCUUCCCAUGGUUAAAGCUGCAAUUAAGCGCGGGGUGUAUUUUGAAAUCACAUACUCUAAUCUUAUAUCCGAUGUUCAAUCCAGGAAACAAGUGAUAUCGAAUGCCAAGUUGUUGGUGGAUUGGACUCGAGGAAACAAUCUCAUCUUCUCAAGUGCUGCCCCUUCUGUAAAUGAGCUUAGAGGGCCAUAUGAUGUUGCAAAUUUAUCUUCUUUGCUUGGUCUCUCCAUGGAACGUGCUAAAGCAGCUAUUUCUAAAAAUUGUAGAUCUCUUAUAGCUAAUGCUUUAAGGAAAAAGCAAUUUUACAAGGAGGCCAUCAGAGUUGAAUUAAUACCAUCCAGUGAAUUUGACUCCAAUGAACCUUGGUCUGGCAAUGGGCUUAAAUGGGACCCCAUCUCUAGUGGUGAAGGUGAUCUGCUCUUAGAUGAUAUGGCAAAAUCUUUCUCUGCUGCUGGUAAAGUAUCCAAGACUGUGAAAGCCAUUGAUUUUGCUUCAAUUGUGGACAACAUGCCACCGCAUGGGUUGCAACUAAAGGAUUUGUUAUCAGGAACAAAGUCUGUGUUGCAGCCAGUGGAUAAUAUUAAAAACUCUAUGUCUGUUGAUGGGAAAAUUGGGGCACCAGUUCCAACUAAUGGAGGAUCAGAACAACCAGACAUGCUUAAACUUUUUCCUGAAACAGAACAGACAUCAUCAUAUAAUACCCCAUCAAAAUGUCAAAUAUCUGGUCAUGAAGAUUCUAAAAAAUCAUUUUCGCCUAAUGAUACUUCAAAAGCUGAUAUUGAUUCUGAAGAAAUUAAAACACAUACUACCAUCACUGAGGAAGAACCUAAUAUUUCAAAUGGCCUUGUAGAUUUUUCCCCAGUUAGAACAGAAAUAGAUAAUUUGCAAUCAGAAGAGUGCACAGCUGGUUCUGAAGCAAAUGUUGUGUUACCAGAUGAUAAUUUAACAUUGUGCACUGUGUUAAUGGACAUUGAGUGUGAUGCUGUGUGUAAUGCUGAUGCUGAUGGUAAAUUUGAAGUCCCCACCCAAACCAGGGAUGUGAAUCUUUCUGUUUUACAGAAUGAAGAAUCUAGGAAUGCAAAAGGUUUUGAUGUGGUUUUGGGGGCACGAAGUGUCACAGUGGAUGAAGUUUUAGUUGACACUGAUAUGAAAAAUGAAGCAAGUUUAUCUUUGGCCUCAAACAAUGUGCUUUUGCAUGACAAUUCCUCAGAAAGAGAAUUUAGGGAACCUGUAGAUGAUUCAGUUUUACUUUCUGAUGGAACUCCCUCUGUGGAGUGCUAUGAUGAGCUGAAAGGCAGCAAUGAUUCUUCAGUUGCAAAUCAUGAGCUAAUGGACGAAAUGAUUGUGGAAGCGCAAAAACAAGCUGAUGAUUCUGAAACUGAGUAUCCUUCUAUCAAUGAAUCUAUAUCAGGUAAAGCCAAAGCAAAACAGAGGACACCGCGUAGGGCUGCACUUCUGUUUCCUUUCAAGCGCUUGGUGAGUCCAGUUCUUUUCAAGAAGAAAGCUCACCGAAAAAGAAACAAGACUACGAUAUUAUAGAUGUAUUAGGAUCCCUCUUCAAGCAUCGUUUUUGUUCGGCAUAUACAAAAUAGUUGAGAAUAUUCAUAUAAUUUCUUUUGAGUUUUUCUUUCCGUCACUGUUUUUGUUGUAUGACUUAGGUGGUGUUUGUUUUUUUACUUAAUUUUAAAUAAAACCUUAAUGCUUAAUAGUUUUAAAUAUUGGGUUA